GCGGGAAGAUGCGCGCCUGGGGCCCGGCGUGGCUGCUGGGGUGCGCAGCCCUACUAGCCACUGCAGUCGCCUCUUCCUCCUCCUCUGAUGUCUUGCCUCCAGAAUCUAACAGAAGCAAAGGGAGAAGUUUUAUUGGUCAUAAGAAUCCCCCACCAAAUAUCUCAUCCAGUGGGAAGGGAGAAGUUUUGCCAGAGCCAGGAUUCUCUGUGGAUGCAUUUUCUACUGAGAUUCUCACUGGAGGACUGACCACUGUCUUCCUUCCAAUUGUCUAUACAAUUGUAUUUAUCAUUGGCUUGCCAAGCAAUGGCAUGGCUCUAUGGGUUUUCCUUUUUCGAACACAGAAGAAAAACCCUGCCGUGAUCUACAUGGCCAAUUUAGCCUUGGCAGAUCUCUUAUCUGUAAUCUGGUUUCCCUUGAAGAUUGCUUAUCAUUUAAAUGGCAACAACUGGAUUUAUGGGGAAGCUUUGUGCAAGGUGUUAAUUGGUUUUUUCUAUGGCAACAUGUACUGUUCCAUUCUUUUCAUGACUUGCCUCAGUGUGCAGAGAUACUGGGUUAUCAUGAAUCCCAUUGUGCGCUCCAGGAAGUUGUCUAACGUUGCCAUAGGGGUUUCCAUUGGAAUAUGGCUGCUGAUUCUGCUGGUAACCAUUCCCCUGUAUAUCGUGAAACAAACUGUCUAUAUUCCAGACCUUAACAUCACAACCUGCCAUGAUGUUUUGCCUGCUAAUGUGUUGGCGGGAGAUAUGUUCAAUUAUUUCCUCUCUCUAGCCAUUGGGGUCUUCCUGUUCCCAGCUUGUCUCACGGCCUCUGUCUACAUCCUAAUGAUCAGGACACUCAAUUCUUCUGCUAUGGAUGACUCUGGAAGGAAGAGGAGAAGAGCCAUCAAACUCAUCAUCACCGUACUGGCCAUGUAUCUGAUCUGUUUCACACCCAGCAAUACUUUACUUGUGGUGCAUUAUUUCCUGAUUAGAACCAGAAGCCAGAGCCAGAUCUAUGCUCUGUACAUGGUAGCUCUCUGUCUCUCUACUCUUAACAGCUGUAUCGAUCCAUUUGUCUAUUACUUUGUUUCUCAAGAUUUUAGGGAUCAUGCUAAGAACACUCUUCUUUGUCGAAGUGUUCGGACUGUGAAUAGAAUGCAAGUGUCUCUCACUUCCAAGAAAUUAUCUCGGAAAUCCAGCUCCUACUCCUCUAGUUCAACCAGUGUUAAAGCUUCUUACUGAUACACCUUUCAUAUCAUCAAAUAGAAAUAUCAUUGUAGGACAAAGCAUACUAUACAUUUCAGAAGUGUCUUCCUAUCACAUUCUAUGAUCAGCAGAGAUCAUACUGCAGUUCAGAUGGAGUUCCACACCCAUUGUUUCUAAGUGUUCCACAUAAAGAAAGGGCUUUCAGUUUAAAUAGACACUUCAUAAUAUGGCAGACACAGGACCUGCUUUUGAAUCUCAGUCCUGUCACUGAUAAUGUAUGAUUUUUAGGCAAGUCAUUUAACCUCUUCUGGCCCUUCAUUUCCUCAUUUGUAAAAUGAGACAACUGGACUAAAUGGUUGCUAUGGUCUCUUCCAGCUCCAAAACAGUGGUUCUAUAUUUUCCUUUGUAUGCUUCCUUUGCUUAGCCUUCUAACAGCAAUUGUUGAUUUUGAGGGAGAGAAAAAAAAAGGCUAAAAAAUGUAUUUGUAGAUGGCAUCAAAUUAAGAGAUACUGCAUGCUGGAAGUAACUGAUUACCUAGUUACCUAAAAAUGUAUUUCUUUGCUUUCUGUAUGUUGAUUUUGGAAUUUUAGAGCUGGAAGCUACUUGUUCAUUGACCUUCCCUAAAAUGUUAUCUUAGAAUAAUAGAGUUAAAAAAAAAUCUUAGGAAUCACCUAAUCCAACUCCUUUGUUUCAUAGAUAUCAAAAAUGAGGUCCCAGAGAAAGAAAUUGAUUUUACAAGGUCAUCCAACCAGUCAAAAGAUUAGGACUACUACUCAGAUUUCCUGGUUCCUAAGCCAGGGUGUCUUUUUUGUUGCCUUGAUGGAUGAUGACAUAAGGACCUGAGUUAAAUCCUUCCUCCUUCACUUUCUCCUUGUGUAACUCCAGGCGAGUCAUUUCAUUUCCCUAGGCCCCAAAUUUCCCAUCUGUAAAAUGGUGGUGGUAUACUAUACGUUCCCCUUUCUAAAUUUAUGCUCUGUUUCCAGGGAUCCACUGGUAAAUGUUGAACAAAUGACUCAUUGAAACCAUGUGACACGGUUUAAUCAGUAUUAUUGACAUUUUCUCAAUAAGUUUCUGGUCUGGACAAUCAAUAAAAUAAUAAAUCAAGCCAUAAUUUGUAGUGUUUGCCAAUUUCGAGAUGCAAAUGGCUCACAGUGAAAAUUUAACCAUCAGCUCUUGUGAGCUGAUACAAACUGGCUCAAGUGCAUCCCUGUAUAAUUCCAUGUGUUUUUUUAAAAUUGGUCUUUGAUUUUUGCCAUUAUUAUUCAUAAAGAAAAAUACAGUAACGAUUUUAAUCUGUAAAUAGCCAUUAGCAUAAUUUUUACUUACCUUUAAAAGCAGGUAUACAUGCCAAGAAUUUUUUUCCCUGUAAAUAAGAAUCACGGUUGCACUUAAGAGUUUUUAAAAUUCAUGUUGCAGUAUUUAUUAUCAAAUUUUUCAUUAUUGUCAAAAAUUAAAUUAUAAUAGCCUGAUGAGGUUAUUCUUCAUAGAAAGAGAGAAUGAACAACAGCAAGCAUUUAUAAAGCACCUCCUAUGUUGUAGGUGCUUAAUGACUAAAAGGAAGUAGACCUUGUUGGGAAGGACCUUACAUUCUGCUGGGUGAGGUGCCACAUUGUACAGUUAUAUUUCACUAUUUGAGAUGUUAUUGAUUGUAUAUACUUGUAUAGUUCUUUCUAUUAUAAAUAUGCCUAGAAAUUGACUUUUUUAUAGGACCAUUCCAUUUAUUUUUCAUAAUUGUAUAUUUUACACUAUAAUCUCUUGUAAAUAAAACAACUUGUUUUAUAUAA